AUGGCAGAUGUUGAAUCCGCAGUAGCGCCCCAGAGCGGUUUACCAUCAUCGGCACUGGAAAACUGGGGGGACAUUGACAAAGGUCUGCCCCUCUUUGAAGCAUUCAAAGUGCCCGGUCAGCAAGACACCGUCAAAUUCGGCCUUCCCUGGUCUUCUUCUUUCCCUCUGGGUCUCAAACCAACCAAAACAUUGACUUUGACCGAGAGCAUCGAAGCCGUUCAAAGAUUCACCCGGUCAGGUGACUUGGUUAAGCUGAUCGGGCAGCAUGGUGGUGCAGUGUUGAUCCGCGGAUUGCCCAUCAAAACGCCUGACGACUACAGCAAAGUGGCAUACGCAUUUGGAUUUCGCCCUCAUGUUGAGGUUGGAAGACCUCCUUUGAGGACUGUCUUAGCACCAAAUGUUAAAACGGCAAACGAGGGGCCACCCGAGCUCCCGAUUUGGCCGCAUAGCGAAUACGGUUGGUCGACGAUCAACCCAGCUUGGCUUACGUUUAGUGCCCUUCAGAUCCCUGAGUCUGGCGGCGCAACUCCCAUCACAUCAGCAAUCUACAUUGCCCAUGAACUUCAACGCCAAUCACCAAAGUUUCUCUCGGACCUUCUCAACAAGGGCGUCAAGUACGUGUACCGCUAUACGGUAAACCCGCUUGUUUCCAACACUGGAACGAGCGUUCGGGGCGCAUACGGACAAGAGGUCGCCGACGGAGACGACGAAGAAACGGCCCGGAGGAAGAUCGAGGCUGAGGUUCGCCGUCACAGUGACCGCUUUGAAUGGCAUGAUGAUGGGAGCCUUAGCGUGACACAUAUCGUCCCUGCCAUUCGCAUCCAUAACCCAACUGAGUCUACGGUAUUCUUCGGGAAUGUCACUUCCGCCUGGGGGCGGAGUAGACAUCAUGGUGCGACGAGGCCACCGUUCCGCGGCGAUGACGGGUCCUAUCAUCCGCCGCCGACAUUCGGUGACGGCACGCCGAUUGACGUCGAGGACUUGGACUUGCUGCUGAAACUCGCGGAAGAGGGUGCCGUAGAUGUUGAGUGGGAGCAAGGAGACUUGGUUUUGCUGGACAAUUACGCGGUCAUGCAUUCGAGGAAGCCUUGGGAGGGGGAGCGCCAAGUCCUGGCUGCGCUCUGGGACGAUGACGGGAGGAUCAGAGAUUUUCCAGAAGGCUUAGAGUUGCUGAAGGGAAGUCCGAGAGUCCCUAGGACGGACUCGGGCGAGACUGUCGGAUAG